AUGCCAAAAAUCAAAUCAGGGACUAGGGGCCGGCGCCGCGAGCGACAGGAAGAGCGCCCGGCGCUGAAGAGCGGCGGAGGUCUCAUGUUCAACACGGGGAUUGGGCAGCACAUUUUGAAAAAUCCUCUGAUUGUUAACAGCAUUAUCGAUAAGGCUGCAUUAAGACCAACUGAUGUGGUCCUGGAAGUAGGGCCUGGAACUGGCAACAUGACUGUCAAAUUGUUGGAGAAGGCAAAAAAGGUAGUUGCCUGUGAACUUGACCCAAGGCUAGUAGCUGAACUUCACAAAAGAGUACAGGGCACACCUCUGGCCAGCAAACUUCAAGUAAUGGUGGGUGAUGUAUUGAAAACAGAUUUACCGUUCUUUGAUGCUUGUGUGGCAAAUUUGCCUUACCAGAUCUCUUCACCUUUUGUUUUCAAGCUGUUGCUGCACCGACCUUUCUUCAGAUGUGCUAUACUUAUGUUUCAAAGAGAGUUUGCGCUCCGACUGGUUGCCAAACCUGGAGACAAGUUGUAUUGCAGACUCUCUAUUAAUACCCAGCUGCUAGCACGUGUAGACCAUCUAAUGAAAGUUGGAAAGAAUAACUUCAGACCACCACCCAAGGUAGAAUCCAGUGUUGUAAGGAUAGAGCCUAAGAAUCCACCACCACCUAUCAAUUUUCAGGAAUGGGAUGGCCUAGUAAGAAUCACCUUUGUUAGGAAAAACAAGACACUGUCUGCUGCAUUUAAAUCGAGUGCUGUGCAACAGCUGCUGGAAAAAAAUUACAGAAUUCACUGUUCAGUCCAUAAUACUAUAAUACCAGAAGAUUUCAGCAUAGCAGAUAAAAUACAGCAAAUCCUAACCAACACAGGUUUUAGUGACAAACGGGCCCGUUCCAUGGACAUAGAUGACUUCAUUAGAUUGCUACAUGGAUUCAAUGCAGAAGGUGUCCAUUUUUCUUAG